CGGCCAGCGCCGGUGUGCGGGGGGCAGUUUUGCGGCGCGCCGCGGUCGGCUACCGUGGGAGUCGCGGCUGAGCGCGGCGGAGCGUGCGCGCGGUCUUGGCUCCGGCUCCCGCCCCGGUGCGCGCGCAGGCCCCUCCCCGCAGCCGCCGUCUGCCCUGCCCCGCCCAGCGCGAGCGGUGCGCGGCCUUUGCGAGACUCGGGAGACUGGGUGGACCGCUGAGCGGGAGGCGGCGGCGGGGGCGCGAGCUCGGACCGCGUCUCGGCGGCGCCGCAGGAUUCACAGAUGGAUUCAGAGGAAAAGACAACAAAUAGAAGUGAACAAAAAUCAAGUAGAAAGUUUUUAAAAAGCCUCAUCCGGAAACAGCCCCAGGAGCUGCUCCUGGUCAUUGGGACCGGGGUCAGUGCCGCGGUGGCCCCGGGAAUCCCCGCGCUGUGCUCGUGGAGGAGCUGCAUCGAGGCUGUCAUCGAGGCUGCCGAGCAGCUCGAGGUGCUGCACCCCGGGGACGUCGCCGAGUUCCGCAGGAAAGUGCUGAAGGACCGGGACCUGCUGGUUGUCGCCCACGAUCUGAUCCGGAAGAUGUCACCUCGCACGGGGGACCCCAAGCCCAGCUUCUUCCAGGACUGCCUGAUGGAGGUGUUCGACAGCCUGGAGCAGCACAUCCAGAACCCGCUGGUGCUGCAGUCCAUCCUCAGCCUGAUGGAGCAGGGCACCCUGGUCCUGACCACCAACUACGACAACCUGCUGGAGAUCUUCGGGCAGCAGCAGAGCAAGCCCAUGGAGUCUCUGGAUUUGAAGGACAAGAGCAAGGUCCUUCAGUGGGCAAGAGGGCACAUCAGAUACGGAGUUCUCCACAUUCACGGCCUGUACACAGACCCCUGCGGGAUGGUUCUGGAUCCGUCGGGAUAUAAAGAUGUCACUCAAGACCCAGAAGUAAUGGAAGUUCUCCAGAACUUGUACCGCACCAGGUCCUUCCUGUUUGUGGGCUGUGGAGAGACCCUCCGUGACCAGAUAUUCCAGGCACUCUUCCUUUACUCGGUGCCCAACAAGGUGGACUUGGAGCACUACAUGGUGGCGCUCAAGGAGGACGAGGACCACUUCUUCAAGCAUCAGGCAGACAUGCUCCUGCACGGAAUCAAAGUCGUGUCCUACGGGGACUGUUUUGACCACUUCCCGGGAUACAUGCAAGACCUUGCCAGUCAGAUCUGCAAACAGCGAAGUCCAGAUGCCGACCGCGUGGACAGCACCACACCAUUAGGUAAUGCUUGUCAGGACUGUGCAAAGAGGAAGUUAGAAGAAAAUGGAAUUGAAGUUUCCAAACAACUCAGGCGAUCAGAUGAUGCUGGAGGGUCUUGAAAUCUUUGAGACCAAUAAAACCUACAACUUGAAAACCAGCCUUCAGUAAAACCACAGUGCCAUACGCAAACGAUGAGGAAUGUUCCGAGAACUUCGCGCGGGGUCUCUCACUUCUACACUCAAAUACCCCAGAAGAGCCACGCGGGCUUGUGGCCCUCGGAGGCUGGGCGAGAGAGUUCCACCUGUCCAGGUGCAGCACACACACUCCAGGUGUCUGUGGGGACUGGCGACGACUACCUCAGGGACCAGCGCCGGCCGGAAGCGGGAUGCGCCCGGGACUCCCGGCUCCCGGUCGGCACUCUCUUUGUCAAGGUGGUAUUUUUUCUAAUAAAAAGGAGGGAGGAGGGGCGAGGACUAGCCAAGCAACAGUAGUUGCCAAAGAGAGAAAUAAGAAACUAGACACUUAUAUUUUAUAUUUUUACAUGGAAAUAUCUGUUACUGUGGAAAAUUUUAAAUGUUACAUUGUUAAAUAGUAAAGAACAAAUCGAUACUUGAGGCACUGAAACUCUGCUAGUGAGAAUGGUAUGUUUUUAAAAAGAAUGACUCAAUCAGUAGGGCUUCUUUAGAAGUGUAAUUUUAGUAGCUUCAGUUGGAAAGAGCAGCAGUUCAGUUGCCAAGCGAAGUCAUGAAGAGCCCGAGGCUUUUUCAAACGUGCAGUGCGGUGUUGUGCAGCCCAUGUAACGCCUGGGAACUGGGAUGUUACAAGUGGAGCACAAGACUGUUUUUAACCCUUAUUAGAGUAUUAGUUUAAGCUUUCAAGUGUUUAUUCUAUGGGGUGAGGUCCAAACUUCCAGUUCUUACCCCUCAAAAUUCUCUUCCCAUGGCCCAUGUUAAGGGGAUUUACACAGAGUGAUGUAGGCAAAACUUGUUAAGGGCCUGCAGCACUUUAAAUGUCACCAAGGUUUGCCCAUGGCAGGGACAGCCGUGCUGGGGCUCUGCGUGUGCCCAGGCUGGCGGCCACUUCACAGGCUGCCAGUUCUUGCGGUGGCAUUUCCUGCCAAGCCCUUACACUCCUGUGAAAGCCGGAGCUCUGCACCCAUGUAGAGUUACAGAAUAGGAGGCGAGACGUGGGAAUGUUGGGAAUGAGAAGCCCGGUCUGCUGAAGGCCUUCUUCUUCCCUUUUUGAGCAUGGAAAACACAUCCUUUAUGUUACUCUGAUCAUAAACAAAACUCUAACUUCAUACACUCAGCUUUUCUUCAGUUAUGACAAUGCUUGGUAUAAUGUAUUUCAUGAGCAUUUUUACCUUAAGUUGCCACUCAGUUGUGAAACCAAGCAAUUUAAAAUGGACUGUUUAAAUUUCUUAAAAAACAAACAUUGUAAAUUUUUUUUUAAAGACACAUUUACAAAGUGCAAUCAGAGAUGAAUAUCUGAUCCGAAUGUUAGCCAGACACAGGGUAUAUGGCAAAAUUACAAGUGUGAAAAUGAUGUAGAAUGGGAUAUAAAACUAGAAAGUGAAGUUGAGGACAAGCUGGGGUGCCAUGCUGGAGGGUCUGCGGCCUUCUUGCUGCAAUGAGUGAGUCUUGUCUGCAGUCAGUUUCUGCUGGAAUGCUUAUUUUUAAAUACAAAUUUAUUCCAAUAUGAUUGAUGUAUUAGGGAAAAAGCAAUUUGAGCAUAACUCAUUUGCUUUGUGUAUAAUUUUGUCUGAGACUAGUUCAGGGGGUGACAAAUAUGGCCAGGUUUGUUUACUGCCUCAAGCCAAAUAGUUUUUACAUUUUUAAAUGGUUACAUUUUAAGUAGUUGUAUAGGUACCUACUUCAUAGCCCGCUUGCUGCCUGCCUCCCUAAAGCCUAGCCCUCUGGCCCUUAGAGACCCCUGCUCUAGGUGAGUGUGUAGGCUGCACCCAGGAGACCAGAGUUGUGUGGGAAGACACCAGCUGUAGCCAGUGCAAGCCCCACCUGGCACCUCAGACACCCACCAGCUCCCUCAGACGACCUCCUUCCAGCUCUACGCAGCAAGCUGCCCCUGGUGAGGCCCCCUCUGUGAGCGACCGGAGGGUGUUGGGAUGCAGUGCUGUAUUUACUAUAGCAUUUCUCUAUUUCCUAACCAUCUGAUGGGUGUAAAACUGGCUGUUAUUUUCACUUGGUUACUUGUCCCUUUUUUGGAGCAUGGUGCCCCUGUGCACUGCCAUGGCCCCGGGGGCUCUUCACUGUGCCUUCGCACAGCAGGGUGGUUUUCAGAAAUGUGGUAGGUUGCCUGAUAACUGUCAGCAGCAGUCUAGGAGUCCACGUUAUGAAAGUGACCAGGCCAGGCAGAGAUAAGAGUCUACACUGGGCUCAUGUGGCACUAAGGGGGCGUUUCAGUGUUAAGUGGAUGUCUUCACAGGCAGAAGAAGAAGUUGGUGGUUGGGUGACGGUAUUGCCAGUACAGGAAAAGGCCCCCAGGACAGCUCCAGCGGCCCCCCUGCCUGCGGUCACAGGGGUUGGUUAGCUGGCUGGGGGCCGGAAGCAGGUCUUUCAUGACGGUAUUUCUUGGGCACAGAGGGCAUUCUGUUCACGUGAAACAGUGGCUGUUCAAACCAGUGCCACUAAUUCAGGAGGCUGUUCUGUGGUCAGCACUUGGACCUUAAAUAGAAGACUACCAGCAUCUUAGAAUUUCUUACUCCAUUUUGAAAUGGAAAAGAUGUCUUGCUAAAAACCUUGUGACUUUCUUUCCUACCCAUAACCGUGUAUUUAAGUGGAGAAGUCAAUUGUUACUUGGGAAGGCCUGGUUCUUCAAUAUUUCCUUCUUAAUGGAAAUUAUAUUUAGAAACAUUUGGAUUGUAUUGAAUCAGACAUUCAGUUUCACCUUAAAUUUUUUUGGUUUGUUUUUAAGUUGUAGGUUGGAGACAUUUGAAAUUAGAAUCUUUACUUUUUAUUGGUAUUUUCAGUAUUGACAUAAGUUACUCUAAAAUAAUUUCCCAUAAAACCCAGGUUCAACACCCUCUAACUAGUGUAUUUAGAAACCAAACAAGUUUCCCUUAAAGAUUACUUAAAUGUGUAAGGCAAACCAGAGUGAAGAUGAUGGAGAAUUCAAAUUUUUUUCUGACUGACUGACUUUCAAAAUGGGAGUUAAAACUAUGGUACAAAUUGUACCUUUUUUUUUUUUUAAUAACUCACUCAUUCAUAGCUAACUCUCAGGAAACUUUACCUAACACACUUUAAUGAAAGUGAGCUACAGCGUCUUUGACUGAUAACAAUCAAGCUUUUUCUUAAAUGGCACAAGGCUCUCCUGCUUUCUCCAGAAGUUUGUUACUCAAUCAGAGUGAGACUGAACCGCGGUGAACCGGAGCGCUGUGACUGCGCUGUCUGCGCUUCGGCGGGCAGUUGCUGAAGGGCCCGCCAGGUCCUAAAGGGGCUCUUGUUGUCUCUUGCUGCUUUCUCGGCCUUCAGUAUCUGGAUAUGCAGAAAGAUCCAGGGUCAGAACUCGGCUGAACAUGCACUCAUCUUGCUGAAAUGGAGAGAAGGUAAUUAAAAGUCAGUUACUUAGGGAAAAGUGUUAAACAUAAAAUAAAGGCCUUUAGUGAAUCUUGAUUUGCAUUUAAAAAGGAACCUCCUUAGUAUCAUUUGUCUGCAUUUAUAUCAGCCUUUUUUUUUUUUUGUAUUAUCUCAUAAAAAGUACCAGAAUAUGCCACCCCAAAAUACGCCUCUUUGGCUUACGGACUAUUAGGAGCUAAAGGCUGUUGAGAACCAGCAGACACAGGAAAAGCUCUAAAAAAUGGUUCAGGUUUUCCUUCUGUAAAGAAAUUUAUGCAUAUAAAAGAUGACUCACUCUCCACUCUUAUCAGUGCAGGCCCUCCUUAAAUUUGCAUAAAAAACUUUACUACUAAAAGCCCUUCUUUACUGUACUUCUCCUGGCCACUUUCCUAUCACUGUCCUCCCUGACUCAAGCCCAACCCGGUUUCCUUCCUUUAGCCUAAGAUAGUGUAUAAGCCCCAAGUUCUGGCCACCGUUUUCCUAUCCCUGGGUGCGUUAUGUUCAAGGACCCUUUUUCUGUAGCUGACCUGUCUUCUGCCAGUCUGAUUUGCAGACCCCAGCCAGAGCCUAGGAAGAGGUCAAGGCCUCCCUGCAGUGUAUGAGUUCCCAUUUGUCCAGAGGCACAGUUCUAGUGGUUCCUCUAGCAUUUUGUGGGCACAGGAAGGGAAGUUAAUUUUUAUCUUAAAGGAAACUGCCGGAAGUAAAACCUAACUGUCUCAAAACAGACUGAUUUGAAUUAGUUGCUCUACUCCAUUAGCUCAGGUAAUUAUUUUGAAUGGCUUAAGAAAGGUGUGUUCAACUUCUAAGUUACUUUACAACUCGGAACUUCUGAUCAACUGCUUUUUUUUUUUUUUUUUUUAAUUGGAGUUCCAGGAACAUAAGUCUCAAAAGGAAACUAGAAAAUUUUAAUAGGAUGGGGUCAGUAGAAAAGCAUCUUAAGUUUAACACCCAGUAUCUGGAGAUGCCACAAAUACAAACAUCUCCAUUUUGUAGAAGAUGCGGAGAGCUAAAUGCCUCUGGCACUUUUCAAUUGCUGUUACUUUGGAAAGAUAAAUGGUUUCUGAGUUCUACCACAAUUCACUUGGGUUUUGCCUAAAACAUUGAAUACAGAAAUGAUAUACGAUAUGAAUAGUUUACUCUGUGUCAGUUAAUGUGUGCUAUUAUUUUACAAAGCUAUAUCACACUGUUCUGCAAUUUUGUUUGCUUUUUCACAUAAAGUAUUUCUUAAAUCUCUGUAUUGCCAUAGAAAAAUAACUGAGUAGCUACUUUUAAGUCUUACUUGAUUAAAAAACCAUUUACGCCUA